GUUUGAUCGAGAUAAACCUCUCCAUAGUUAUGCCUACAAAAAUGCUGUGACUCCUCAUCACAUAUGUCUUAUGCUUCUUUAGCCUACCCGCUAUUCACUCAUUACCCAUUGACUUGAUCUUAUUUUUCAUGUUCACCUUCAUCUGACGUCCAUUGAGAUAACUACAAAUGUCCCAGCUAACAUAUCCAAUCCAAGGCAUUCCAGUAGACACAGGUCGUUUGGAGCCUCCUACACGGAAGGAAAUCACUGCCUGGCUUUCCGACACGGCAAAUGCGCACCAAGUAUCUUUGUUUAUGAGAGCUCUCACCGAGUUCCAGCAAUUAUCUCCAACCAAUGAUUCACUUUCGUAUUACCGGAUUGCAGGUAUUCAUGGCGAACCAGAUGUAGAAUGGGAUGGGGUUGGUAACCCCCCAGGAAGUGGUUUUGCUGGUUGGUGGUGUGCGCAUAACAAGGAGACAUUUGCAACCUGGCACCGCCCAUACCUGGCGUUAUUCGAGCAACGGAUAUAUGAAAUUAUGCGGAAGAUUAUUGAGAGAGAUGUUCCUGCUCCACAGGUGUCUAUUUGGGAGGAGGCGGCGAAAGAAUGGCGUCUGCCGUAUUGGGAUUGGGGAGCAAGGCAGAAGUAUCUUAAUGACUAUGGCUUGCCAGAGAUCCUCACGAAAGAGAGAAUCGAUAUUAUCAACUUGAUUCAUGACAGUCCCCCUGUGAAUAUUGUGAAUCCGCUUUGGAAAUUCACCAACCCUACCGGCGAAGCCAUGGGCCACAGGUCAAUGGGGAGAUUUCGCCUCCAAGGAAUCCCGUGGAAUAGGGCCCGAGCAACAAGCAGGUGGGGUAUUGCGCUCAACCAAGAUGAAUCGACCUGGACAGACGGCGUCAAUGAUUGGGAAGAGGCUAAUGAAGCGAUCCGAACCCCCUCCCUGAUUGGGUGGUUGCCAACAUCUAUUGCGGAUGCCGUCUAUAGAUUGUUUGCCACAACUUUCAGUUCAUGGGAGUCGUUUGAGUCGAAGAAGUUUCACAACCCUCCUACAUCCGCAGACUAUUUGUCGUUGGAAUUUGUACACGACGGUAUUCAUUCAAUGACAGGAGGGUUUGAGAGGUUGGGAAGGGGUAUUGGACACAUGGCCGACCCCUCGGUUGCCGCCUUCGACCCGAUAUUUUGGCUUCAUCAUUGUAAUGUGGAUCGCCUUGCCACGAUAUUCCAGGCACUCCACGAGAAUAUGUGGUUUGACAGUGCGUCGGGCGUAGGAGAUGUUCCGCUGGACCCCUUCCAUCGAGACGCCUCAAAUACACCAUGGACAUCGAAUUCAUGCAGAGACUGGAAGGCAAGCUUCAAAUAUGACUACGAUGAUUUCACUGUGCCAGGUCAGCCAGCAGGUGUUGCACCACGUUCAUCAACACUGAGAUCUAGUAGUGGUGACGCGCCGCGGGAUGAUGAGAGAGAUCUUCCCACCCUGAAAAAAAGAAUAAACGAGAAGUACGGCGUUGUUCGAAGAGAAAUCAUGAAUUCACCAAGCAUGAGGGGGAGAGAAAACGACUAUGUCAUUAACAUCGUCUAUGAUAGAUAUGCUUUGGAUGGAGCGGCAUACUUCAUCCACUUUUUUCUCGGCGCGCCUCCAGGGGAGGUGAGCUUCUUUCGCCAUGCCAACAGCUACAUUGGCAGUGUCUACACUUUUAGCAGCAGCCUGGAAGAAAGGGGUAGAACUGUACAGUGCCACAGUUGCCUGGAACAGAAAAAGCAAGGGGUGUUAUCUACCGCUCAAAUACCUAUCACGAAUGUGAUACUCGGUUGUGCAAAAGACUCCAGCAGAACAAGCUUGCACUCUAUGACACCGGACGAAGUGGAAUCGUACCUGGAGAAGAACUUGACCUGGAGAGCCGUGAUUGCUAUUGAGUCUCACACCACUCCAGCGCUUCCUGCGGCUAAUUUACCCUUUCCCCAGGACCCAGGAGACCCUCUGAGCGCAGGCCUUAUUGAUAUGACGCGUAUUCCUCGAACCAAGAUCUACGCUAUGAAGGGUACAGUUUCCCACUCAGAGAAUGACUUCGAACUAUCGACAUAUAGCGAUUAUACGUCUAUGUGGCGAGCUACAGCAGGCAAGCCAGGUGGUGCUGUUAGAGAAAAUGGGUAA